CUUUUAUAUGUAUGCGUUUACUGAUUUGUAGCAUGAAAUUGAAGAAAGCACAGCCUACCCUGCGCAAUCUUCCGCCGCACAGGGGUUAACAAGGCUCCCCAAGCCCGUGGCUAGUUAGGGGCUGACCGCUCCCGCGUAUACCUUUCUUCCUAUCAGCAUUAAUCGCUGCGGAAGUCCGUUGCCACCCUGGACCGUGGCUCUCCCACAGGACGACAGACCCCUGCCCUCGCGGUCAUUCAGCUUAACUUGCAGUUACGAGCGCCGUUUUAAACACAUCUUACCUUCUUCCUAAGAACACUUUGCCGACGUCUCGCCUAGGAACUCCGGUUUGGCUCAGGUUUUAUUCCUCUUCAUCGUUUAUCAGUAGCAUUAUCCAGCCCAUAUACCAAAGGCAAGAGCACACGCAAGCAGCACCCAAGAGCCGCCCCAUAUGGCGUUCCUCAAGCAGUGGGUUCUCUCCGGUUGGACGGAACUUCACGCAGCGGCCGAUGCCGGAGAUGUGGCCAAGGUGCAGCAUGCGGUGCAGAAGAGCCCCCAGGACCUGGAUCGAACCAGCAGGGAGGGCCAGACUGCACUCCACCUUGCCGCUGCCAAGGGGUUCGACGUGGUGGUCAGGGAGCUGCUGGCGCGACGUGCCAAAACAACACUGCAGGACAAGGCUGGUCGCACCCCCCUUCAUCUCGCAGCAGCUGCCGGCCAGGUGGCGACCACCCUGGAGCUGCUGGGCCGAUGUAACCGGGACCCCCCGGAGACCAGGUCCUUGCUGCUGAGUCUGCGGGACUGCGAGGGCCACUGCCCCCUGCUGGCGGCGGUGUGUGCCGGCAAGGAGGGGACCUGCGGGGUAUUGCUGCGGGGGAUGGAGACCAACAGGGUGCGGCUGUGCGUGGAUGCGUCCGGCCGUGGCCCCUUGACAUUGGCGGUUCUACGGCGGCACGUGCACCUGCUGCCGCUGCUGGCGGCUGCAGCCGGUGGGCCCGACACGGAACGAGAUCCCGCCACGGGGGGGACGCCCCUGCACACCGCGGCCCGCCUGGGCCUGGUGGCCGCCGUGGAGGUGCUGCUAUGUCAGGGCGCCAGCAGGACCACCCGGGAUAACGCGGGACGUACGGCAACUGAGGUCGCGCUGGCGGCGGGGCAACACGCGGCGUAUCGAGUCUUGCGAGAGGCACAAACCCCCGCACACCCCCACAAUGCCAUGGCGACGACGAUGACGACCGCGACCACGACUGCCACCGCUGCGACCUGCCAUUCGUUGCUGCUGCAGCCAGCGGCGGCGGUGGAGGGGGCGGCGGCUGCGGUGACUGCCCCUGGCGACCCGGACGCGUCCUCUCUAGGGUUGUCGUACACCACCGUGGGGGCAGGGACGGUGGCGGGGGGUAGAGGGGGGGGUCCCGGGGGGGCCCGCAUGCAGCAGCUGCUACCCGAUGGGGAACCCCGGCCGGUGGCCUACCCUCGUAUGCCUGAGGGCGCCAGUGUAUACUUCUAA